UAAGCGACAUCAUUCGAUGCUGCACGCGGAUUCGGAUCCUGAGACCGACCAGUUGGCUCCGCAAGCCAACGAACCAUCGCCCGCCUCGCCGUCGCCUACCGUGGCGGUCAAUUCAUUGCUUGCGGCCUCGACGUCGCGCCCGCGAUCGCAGGUCCUCCUCGCCACCGCGCGCGUCAAGGUGGAGGGCGACUCGGGUCGUUGCGUGGUCGCGCGUGCUCUGAUCGAUCAGGGCUCCGAGGCCACCUUCAUCUCUGAAGGCUUGGCUCAAACCUUGCGAACUCGCCGAAUUCGACGGCCUGUCUCGAUUUCGGCAGUGGGGGGUGCUCACGUCGGCACGGUGCGACAUGCCGCUCAGAUCACGGUGUGCCCCGUCGCUACCGCGAAUCCGUCGUUUUCGACGACGGCGCUCAUUCUCCCGUCGCUUACGUCCUACGCUCCUCGCCGAGUGUCGACUAUGGCGGCAUUCUCUCACCUCUCUGACUUGACGUGGGCGGAUCCGCAUCCGACCUGCUCUGAUCCCAUCCAAGUCAUCAUUGGCGCUGACCUCUACAGCGACCUUAUUCUUAGUGGUAUUCGGAAGGGAAACUCCGGCCAGCCAAUCGCGCAAAACUCCGUCUUCGGGUGGAUAAUUUCCGGCCCGCUUUCCGCGGCAGCGGAACACGUGCCUUCACACACUUCGGUGCAACUCUGUACCUUCGAUGUCUCUCUGUCGGAGGAUCUCCAGCGAUUUUGGGAGAUCGAGGAGCUUCCCCCUUCUCAGAUCCUCUCGCCUCAGGAUGAGCAGUGCGAGAAUCAUUUCCGCGAGACCCAUUCUCGAGACGACCGCGGUCGAUACGUCGUUCGUUUGCCCUUCAAGGCGCCUCCUCCUAUCGAUAUCGGGCGUUCUAAGCAGUCUGCCGAUCGAAUGCUGCAAUCCCUGCUCCAUCGUUUCAAAUCGCAGCCGGAAUUGGAGAGCGAUUAUCGGGACUUCAUGCGCGAAUAUGAACGCCUCGAGCACAUGCGGCCGAUCUCGGAAACGCCUUGCUCCCGAAGCCAAGCGGUGUACAUCCCGCAUCAUCCGGUCUUUCGCGCCGACAGCGCCACAACUCGUUUACGCGUUGUCUUCAAUGCUUCGUGCAUCACCUCCAACGGCUCUACGCUGAACGAUCACCUGCUUUCCGGUCCUAAACUCCAAACCGAAUUACCUUCAAUCGUCAUGCAAUGGCGCCAGUUUCGGUACGUUUACACUGCCGACAUUGCUAAAAUGUUUAGACAAAUUUUGAUCGACUCACGCGAUAUCGACUAUCAACGCAUCCGGUGGCAGCCGGAUGGCUUUGACGCGCCUCGGGAUUACAACCUACUGACGGUCACUUAUGGCAUGACUUGCGCCCCGUACUUGGCGCUGCGCGUACUGAGGUGUCUAGCCGACGACGAGGGUGACCGGUUCCCUCUUGCCGCCUCGAUACUUCGUAAGCAAAUUUAUGUGGACGACGUGCUUUUCGGGGACAAUGAUGUCGAUUCCUUGCGCCAGCGCCGAGACCAGCUUGUUUCUUUGCUGCAACGCGGCAAAUUCGACUUGCGCAAGUGGGCCAGCAACUCCCCCGAAUUACUCGCGGAUAUUGACCCUUCGAAUCACGGCCUAGCUUGCAGCAAGUCUAUCGCGAUUGACGAAAAG